ACAUGGAUUUGCUUAUAAAUAUGUAAUCCAAUUCAAGUAUCAGCAAGGAGAAAGACAUGGCUUCCAAGUCUUUGCUUGUUUUAGGUGUUCUCCUCGCUAGCGUUCUCCUCAUCUCCUUUGAGGUGGCUGCUCGAGAGCUCGCCGAGCAAAAUGCAGAGAAGGCAAAUGAGUUAGAGGAUCAGAAGUACGGUGGAGGAUACCAAGGACACUACGGCGGAGGCAGCGGUGGAUACCCUGGACACGGUGGAGGCGGAGGUGGUUACGCCUGGGACAAGCGGAUGGAGGUGGUGGAGGAUACCCUGGACACGGUGGAGGAGGUGGAGGAUAACCCUGGGACACGGUGGAGGCGGAGGAGGAUACCCUGGACACGGUGGAGGAGGUGGAAGGAUCCCUGGACACGGUGGAGGGGCGGAGGAUACGCCGGGCAUGGCCCGGGCACGGGCAGCUGCAUACCCGAUGGAUGCUGUGGGCAUGGAUACGCAAGGUGGUUGCCGAUGCUGUGCCACUGCCAACGAGGUUCCCGAUGCUGAGUACAUGGAAGAGCCAAAAAACUAGAAAUAUUGGCUCAGAUCACUAGUAAAAUUAUGUAGUGUGUAUUAAUAAGUCGCCGUUGCUAAAUCCAUUGUGAUUACCUACGGUUCUGGAGAAUAAAUGCUUUGUGCAUUGUGUACGAGAGAGUGAGACCACGAGACUGGUUGUAAGUUACUUUUUAAGUAUUUAUGUCUUUUGGUUAUGAGAUAAAAAUUUAUGUGUA